UUGUAUGAAGUGGUAGAUAAUAAAGUGUAAAUGGAGGAUGUUAAACUGUAGAUAAUAAAGUGUAAAUGGAGGAUGUUAUAAUAAACUGUAGAUAAUAAAGUGUAAAUGGAGGAUGUUAUAAUAAACUGUAGAUAAUAAAGUGUAAAUGGAGGAUGUUAUAAUAAACUGUAGAUAAUAAAGUGUAAAUGGAGGAUGUUAUAAUAAACUGUAGAUAAUAAAGUGUAAAUGAAGGAUUUUAUUCUUUCUUUUGGUGAUGCAUGAGCUCAAAAACUAAACGAGUCACCUGAUUCGCUUGAAGGAGUCGUUUAUGAGGAGCCGAUUCGGUAGUGACUCGUUGAGCUGAGGGAAUCUGAUAUAGGUUUCCUCCAGCAGCUUCUGCAGGUUUCAGGUGAAGAUGAGGUGAAGUUUCUGAUCAGUUCACAGCGGAUGAGAGAGAAACCUGCCCUGAAGGAGGUCUGAGGGUUUGUGGAAUUCUGACAGAAUGGCUAGCUGCGGAGAGGUCGAUCACUCUAUGGACGCACUGGCCUCUGGGAAAAAAGUGGGUGGGGUAAGAGAUGGCAGUGGAAGCCCCUCCCCCUCUCCGCCCCCUUCACUUCCUGUCCCGGAAUGCGCCAUAUGCCUGCAGAGUUGCGUCCAUCCGGUGCGUCUCCCCUGCGGCCACGUCUUCUGCUUCCUGUGCGUGAAAGGCGCAUCCUGGCACAGCAAACGCUGCGCCCUCUGCAGACAGGAAGUGCCUGAAGACUUUCUGGACCGUCCCACGCUGCUUUCUCCGGAGGAGCUGAAAGCUACAGCCACAGGGGGGCGAAGCUUAGGUGGCCAUGCCUGGUACUACGAAGGCCGUAACGGGUGGUGGCAGUAUGACGAGCGCACCAGCCGGGAGCUGGAGGAGGCUUAUCGCGAGGGGAAGAAGAGCGCCGAGAUGCUUAUCGCCGGCUUCCUGUACGUAGCUGACCUGGAGAACAUGGUGCAGUACAGACGCAACGAGCACGGCCGGCGCAGGAGGAUGAAGCGCGACGCCGUGGAUGUUCCUAAAAAGGGCGUGGCCGGACUGAGACUGGAUCCAGAACCCGCAUCAGGAUCCGCCUCUAAUUCCGUUCCAGGAUCUGGAUCGGUUUCUCCAGCGUUCCUGUUCCUGUACCUGCGGAUUCGGCUGUCAGUUCAGACGGAGGGGUAAGAGAGAAACGUCCGAACAGAAAGACAAUUCCGAGAGAGACAGAGGGACAGAGUUUCUCCGGGAUUUGCCGAUCCCACAGCCCCCGAAUUGACUCCGAAUGCAGAAGCUGUGACGUCUGAGAGGGAGAACUCGGCGGAUGGAGCCGAUAUCGGUGGAGCGAUUCGCUCUCAGGCGGUGUUCGCCCCGCCCCCAAUCCGUCCUCCCAUCAUGCUGGGCGGCGACCGUGACCCUCAUCAUAAUGCACAGCUGGUCCAGGCAUUUGCUCAUCUCCACAUCGGUCGAGCCUCACCUGAAGACGACGAGGAGGAGGACGACGACGACGAUGAUUCCGCUGCCGCACCCGAUCCGUCCGGUUACGAAUCAGAAUCAGGAACGAGUGAAGACGAGGACGAGGAAGGAGAAGAUGACGAGGAAGGCACGAGGCACAGACUGCAGAGGAUGGACGGUGGAGUUCGGUCCCGCAGUCCUGACGGACAGUGCACGGUGACGGAGGUGUAGCCUCUGGAGCUGUGAGACGUGAGCGUGUCUGAACGUGUUAACGUGGACGGUUUGGAAGUCGAGAAGCAGGACGUGCACUUCUGUCUUAAAACGUCGUGUUCUUUUUAUGAACCUGUUUCCCAAACUCUAGCAUGUGAACGAACAUUUUAGUGUAAAAGGAUACCGCGUCACAAAGACUCUCUCUGUAAUUACACAAAUUCACACGGCUAGCUUAGCAAAGCAGCUAAUUCCAGCUAAAUCGCCCGCCUGCCUCCUGAGUGCACACUGAAGCACAACGCUAAAAAUCACACCUCUCUAAUCAUUUCUGAGCUGCUCACUGCUGACUCUGUGGUAAAGCGGCUUCUGGUGCAUUGUGGGAAAUCUUUCGGUUUACUGAGCCACCGGGAACAACACGGAAACAUCCUGUAAACGCUCUCGCAAAAUAACAACUACUCCACUCUCGCUUUUCUCAAUAAUCACAUAAUCAGCAGCCGACGCUCUUCAGAACACUAAUGACAGCAUGUAGAGUUUGGGACAGAGCUUUUCUGUGUUGCUCAGAUUUUUCCUGCCGUGCGUCACUGCACUGCACAUUAUGCUAAUGGUGUACAGGAGCUUAUACAGAUGUGACGUGUAUAUAAACAUCUGUGUUCUUCACGAGCUCAGACACGGAGUCUGCUCAAUAUCCAAACAAGCAAAAAUCAUCAUUUAACCUUCAUUUAGUCACAGCAGGAGGUGUGUGUGUGUGUGUGUGUGUGUGUGUGUGUGUGUGUGUGUGUGUGUGUGUGUGUGUGUGUGUGUGUGUGUGUGUGUGUGUGUGUGUGUGUGUGUGUGUGUGGUUUCUCCUUUAUCCUGUCUUUAGCAGGUGUAUGAAAUAAGCAGACUUAAUCUUCUUUUCUCCUCUCAACUGUUUUUCUCUCUGUCUCACUUUCAGUCUGUCUUUUUUUUACCAUCACUCUUUCUGAGUCUCUCACUUUGUCUGCCAUUUUGUGUUUCUUUCUGUUUUCUACCUUCCUUUUUUUGUCUCCCUGUCUGUCCCACCAGGGGUGUCUGUCCCACCAGGGGUGUCUGUCUCACUGGGGUAUUACUUAUUGUUGAAUAACAUGGAAGAAAACUGAUUAAAUCAUUAGAAUGUGAUGGGGCUGAGAUCCAUCUCUCUCUCUCUCUCUCUCUCUCUCUCUCUCUCUCUCUAACAGGGCUUUGUGUGUGUGUGUGUGUGUGUUAUAUCUCCUCUCUCACUCAGUUGUUUUUAGUGUGUGGUGUUGUGAUGUGUGUUGAAGGAAGUGGCCGUGCCGUGCCCCAGACUGAGACACUAUGAACUCUGGGAAAUGGAGUUUUAUUAGGUUUUUUUUUUUUUAUCGUAGUUGUGAUUCUUCUCCAUCCUUCGGGAGUCUGAGAUUUUAUUACUGUGUGUGUUUGUCUCUCUAGUCCACGUCCUCAUGUUCUGGUGUUUGUUUUUGUUUUUUUGUUUUUUGAUCAUCAGACAGACAGAAAUAAUAAUAAUAUCUACAAUAACUUUGUUUUAAUGGUGAUGUGUUUCUUUUUUGUUACUAAGUUGAUUGAAUUAAUAAAGUGUUGUUUAUCAUUUGUGUGAA